AGUGUAAUCAUUUUUCACACGAACAUGGCAGCGGCGCUAUCAGGAGAAGGCGAUGCGGGCACCAGCAAUGACCAAAUAUUAGAAGUAGGAGCUGUGCUGCUGAAGGAUUUCAUUUAUGAGCGAGUUCGUCGUCAUGGGGACAGCGGCACCGUUGUAUCACGGCACGAACUGGGCGGGAGCGAGCUCUGCGACCCCACCCAUAAAAAACUCGCUCAGUACUUACAGCAGAUUGGAGACGAGCUGGACAACAACGUAGACCUACAGAGAAUGUUAGCCGACUCAGCUCUCCAGCCAACUAAAGAAGUGUUUGUGAAGGUGGCGCGCGAGAUUUUCUCGGAUGGGAAGUUUAACUGGGGCAGAGUGGUGGCGCUUUUCUACUUUGCUUGUCGACUUGUGAUCAAGGCUCUCCUGACGAAAAUUCCAGACAUCAUCAGAACCAUCAUUGACUGGACUCUGGACUACCUGCGGGAACAUGUGAUUAAUUGGAUUAGGGAACAGGGAGGCUGGGAGGGGAUCCAGACCUACUUUGGCACACCAACCUGGAAGACUGUCGGCGUCUUUCUGGCUGGAGUUCUCACCACUGUCCUGGUCAUGCGCAAGAUGUGAAGAGAAAAAAAGAGAGGAAAAAAACCUGAGAGAGCAAGGCAAGAAAAGAGAGAGGACUGAAAGAGGGAGCGAGAGAGCUGACUGAAAGGGAACAGAGAGAUUGCGAGACAGAGAAAGGCAAUAAGAGGCAGAUCCAUUGCUAUGUGAACGGAGAGAGAGAUUCGACUGAGAUCGGAUAAUAGAGAGAGCCAAGCAUGAUGUUUAAUCGCUCCACUUCGUGACUCUUGAGCCUAUUUCCUUUCUCGUCAAUAUAUAUAUAUACACACACACACACACACACACACACACAUGCACUGAAAAAAGGAAAUAAACAGAGAAAGACGUGUGAAAGGAUGUGUGAGAGGAGGUGGUGUUGGGCCUUACUUUUAAGUUAUUUAUUUUUUGUCAUCGGGCAAAUUCAACAGUAAUUGCCUUUGUCUUUAUACAUGGACAAGAUUAGAUGUUUAGAUUAGACUUUUGAAGGAUUUGACAGACUCUUCCUGUACUAGGAAAUGAUCUGCAUGUCUACUUGAAUCGUUCUCCUCUUGCAGUGAACACAUAGAGAGAAUUGCACAUACUUACUACUUUCAAAGGGUUUAUAAAGGCUUUAUAAGCAUGCCAUCGAUAUUUUACCUCAUUAAUGUCUGCUUUUUUUAAAUGUUAUCUAAAGUUGUAGCCGUUAGCAGUAGGUUCAGGAGGUACUCUGCUCUGUCUCCCUCUGUUCUUUCUCUCUUUCCUUCCUUUCAUCUCAACACCCAGAUUGUCCUACUAGUGAGUGAGCGUGUGUGUGUGUGUGUGCGUGUGUGUGCGUGUGCGUGCAUGUGUGUGUGGGGACACGGUUGUGAUUUUGGUGCUGAAGUCAUAUGCAGAGGCACAAUGGGGGGUUCGCAGCUUUGACUGAGAAUAAGAGUUCAUGUUUCUGACAAUCUGAUAAUGCAGGGAGUUUAUUUGAGUCCUGAUCGGGUUCUUUACCAGUUUCUCACAGAUAUGAGCCAGUUACUGUGUAGUGUGCUCGGACACGGAAUAGGACCCAAAAAAAUGCUCGAACUAACAGUCAUCCAGGACUUUAUAUGUAUAAAUAUAUAUUUAUACAUACAUAUAUAUGUAGCAAGGUGGAAAAUAGUGUUAUUAUUUAAAUUGAUACAUUCACAGAAUAAGUUAUUAAAUAGAUUUAAAGGGUUAAAGAUAUUCUUAGUCUUAGUACUGUACUUUAUUUCCUUGAUUUAGUCAAAACACAAAUCACAUGCAAUCACACUUUUAUACACCUCAUUUUGUGGUAUUUGGAUACAAUCUGUUUUUUUUUUUUUAAAAAAAACAAAUGUUUUUCUUCUUACGUUGACAGUGCCUUGGCCUUUUUUUAUUAUAAAUCCACUUUGAUACGAUCACCACUUCCUCUGUCUUUUCUUAAUGUUUGUAUGAUUGUAUGAAUUUUGCUGGAGCUGUUUUCUCUGUGAUCCCUUUACCUUUUUAUUUUAUUUUUUUGUAAGUUGUAACGAGUAAUAAUAAAAUGUUUUUACGACUUUCAA